AUGCAACAAAUCUGGCUCUCAUCCACUUUACUUGGUGUGCUCAACCACAUCUUCUUCCGCCUCUUUGAGCCGGACAAUGCACACUACCCUCUGCUAGCGAUUCUCAUCCAGCCUGCGCUGAUCAUCUCGUUCCUCUCCCAUGGAACACCCACCGUGCUCACCGUGCUCGGCGUCUAUGCAGCAUUCAUCGGCUCCCUGUCGCUCUCCAUCAUCUCGAAGGUCUGGAGCCUCCGCGACGUCGCGCGGGGGGACUCGCAUCGUGCUAUCCGGCGGAUGCAUGAUCAGUACGGCCCAGUCAUCCGAACGGGCCCAAAUGAGGUGUCGAUCGCGCACACCGAUGCGGUCAAAGUCGUGCUGGGGACGUACCCCAAAGGCCAGCAUUACGAGUCCCAAGUCGACCCCGCCCUCCCAGCCCAGUCGCUGCUGCUGCUGAAGGGAGACGCGCAUACGAACCGCCGCCGGAUCUGGAACCGCGGCCUCAACUCGGCUGCAAUUGCCACUUACGAGGUGACGCUGGUGAAGCGGAUCGCGCAGCUGCUGGAGGGGUUGGAGGAGCAGUCCCAUGCCAGAUCGUCGGUCAGCAUUUCCAAAUGGUUGGGCUUUUUCACGUUUGAUUUUAUGGGAGAUAUGGCGUUUGGUGGCGGAUUCGAGAUGAUGCGGGAUCGCGGGGACAAGGACGGACUGUGGAAGAUCAUCGAAGAUGGCACUCGCGUCGGGGCGUUUACUUCUCCGAUUCCUUGGAUUUUACCGACGAUGCGCCUGUUCCCGGCUCUCGGCAAGAACAUCAACGCCCUCCACCAGUUUGGUGCCUUGUCUGCUGCCAACCGUAUCAAAGCUGGCUCGCUCGUUAAGGAUUUGUGGUAUCAUCUGACGGACGAAGCCGAGGUGGAGAAACAGCGCCCGUCAAUCCCCGAGGUGAUUGCAGACGGUGUGCUGAGCAUCAUCGCGGGCUCUGAUACGACGUCCACGGCACUGAGCAGUCUCAUCUGGCUCCUGCUGUCGAACCCGGCAGUCUACAAGCAAGUCCGGGAGGAAGUAGACGGCGUCUACCCGCGCGGUGACUCACCGCUCGAUGCAUCCAAGCACUCGCAGCUCCCCUUCCUCACCGCAUGCAUCAACGAAACACUCCGGCUUCUCCCGCCCGUCCCGUCUGGCGGGCCCCGCAAAGUUCCCGUUGGGGGUGGAAAAGUCAUCGCCGGACACUACAUCGCACCGAACACACAGAUCUUCGUGCCGCAGUACACUCUCCACCACUCAGCAGAGAACUUUGAUGACCCAGACACCUUCAAGCCCCAGCGUUGGCUGAGCCCUGAGUCAGUCGAGAAACACAACACCCUCGCGUUCAUCCCGUUCUCGUUUGGCUUUGCAAACUGUGUUGGAAAGAAUCUCGCGUGGCAGGAGAUGAUCAUGGUCAGCGCGGCGCUCAUCCAGACGUUUGACAUCAGCUUUGCAAAGGAUUUCACUGGAGCCAAGGAGUGGAGUAACCAUCUGCAUGACCAGUUUGUCACCAGCAUUGCUGUACCACUCCAGGUAACCUUGACCAAGAGAACUUAGUUUGGUAGUUAAAGUAUGCACAUUACCGUUCA